UCCCGCCCGGCGAUGGCCCCGCUCGGAUAUUUCAUAUUCCUCUACGGCCUGAAGCAAGCGCUGGGCAACUACCCGAUCUGGUGGUCCCUGGCUGUCGGGCCCCAGUACUCAUCUCUGGGCACGCAGCCCAUCCUCUGCGCCAGCAUCCCCGGUCUUGUACCCAAGCAGCUGCGCUUCUGCCGGAACUACGUGGAGAUCAUGCCCAGCGUGGCAGAGGGUGUCAAGAUCAGCAUCCAGGAAUGCCAACACCAGUUCCGCGGCCGCCGGUGGAACUGCACCACCAUCAAUGACAGCCUGGCCAUCUUUGGCCCUGUGCUGGACAAAGCCACCCGGGAGUCCGCCUUCGUGCACGCCAUCGCCUCCGCCGGCGUCGCCUUCGCUGUGACACGCUCGUGCGCCGAGGGCUCGGCUGCCAUCUGCGGCUGCAGCGGCCGCCACCAGGGCUCGCCGGGCGAGGGCUGGAAGUGGGGCGGCUGCAGCGAGGACAUCGAGUUCGGCGGGAUGGUGUCUCGGGAGUUCGCAGACGCUCGGGAGAACCGGCCGGAUGCUCGCUCCGCGAUGAACCGCCACAACAAUGAGGCUGGGCGCCAGGCCAUCGCCAGCCACAUGCACCUCAAGUGUAAGUGCCACGGGCUGUCGGGCAGCUGUGAGGUGAAGACCUGCUGGUGGUCGCAGCCCGACUUCCGUGCCAUUGGUGACUUCCUCAAGGACAAGUACGACAGCGCCUCGGAAAUGGUGGUGGAAAAGCACCGCGAGUCGCGCGGCUGGGUGGAGACCCUGCGGCCACGCUACACCUACUUCAAGGUGCCCACCGAGGGCGACCUGGUCUACUACGAGGCCUCGCCCAACUUCUGCGAGCCCAACGCCGAGACCGGAUCCUUCGGCACGCGCGACCGCACCUGCAAUGUGAGCUCGCACGGCAUCGACGGCUGCGACCUGCUGUGCUGCGGCCGCGGCCACAACGCGCGCACCGAGCGGCGCAGGGAGAAGUGCCACUGCGUCUUCCACUGGUGCUGCUACGUGAGCUGCCAGGAGUGCGCGCGCGUUUACGACGUGCACACCUGCAAGUAGUGGGCGCUGCCCCCCGGGCGCCGGCGGGGCGGGGCUCCUCCCGGCGGGGAGGCCGGCCCCCUCUGGGGGCGGGGCUUCUCCCUGGAUGGGGCGGAGCUCCGGGGUGGAGUUCCUGGAUGGGGGCGGAGUCCUCUUUAGUAGCGCAGGGGUGAGGCUCCUGAGUGGGGGUGGAGUUCUUCCCAACAGGUGCGGGGCCCCUUCUCAAGAUGAAGCUCCAGGGAUGGGGGUCCUGGACGGGGGCACCGCCCUCUCUGGGCACAGGACUCCCAGGCUGGGGAUUUAGCCUGCUAUUAACUAUCCUCAGAAGACCACACGGUUCCAUCCACCGGAUCUCGUCUGUGUAGAGCAGUAUCCCCUGGCAGAACGAGCUGUGGAGAACCUGUGGGGUGCAUCCUGUUCCCCCAUCCUUUCCAAUGAGGUCUGCCACCUCCCCCUCCCCCGCCACUCCAAUGAUUCAGGUGCCUGAAGGCCUGUGGCACUCCUCCCUCAGCCUGGUAUCUGCCAACGCUCCCAACCGGGGACCCUACCCAGGAGAGCCUCUGUCUGGCAGAGCCACACGAACUGCCUCGGCUUGGGUGAAAAAGAUGGGGCCUGGUGGCAGCAGGCCGAGGAAGAGUCUGGAACCGGAGACCUGGCUCUGUCUUGGCUGCCCUGUGCUGGGCAUCAGUCACCCGGGCCCCAGCGAGGCGCCAUUCUUGGCCUGGUCAGCAGUGCCCUCUACUUUGCAGCUGACAGAAAGUCCUCUCCCUCCUCCCUGUCUUUGCAUUCCCACUUGCAACCCAUCCCAUCCAUGGGAGAGGAGCAAAGCCUCCUGUUCCAGUCCUGCUGUUGCAUCUCUCCUGGCCUCAGCUCUCUCCACCUCCCUCAUUCACAGUCCCUUGCAAGGUAAAGGCAAGAAGGGUCCAGACUCCAAAGCUGCCCAGAGCCACUGGCCCGCACUACCAUCCGGGCCACACUCAGCUCACUUUGAGUGGGCUUAGGUUGUUUGGGAGAUUUGGUGGGGGGAGUGAGGUGAGCCCACACUGGUGCUGCAGACAGAGGACCCACAGUCCCCGGAGGGGUGGUCUUCCUCCCAGUCCCUCAUGGUCAGGACUGACCCUCAGGUCCUGCUACUGCAGUCAUGAUGCGCCAGACCUGCCUUCCACUGGCCAUUGUCGUGGAGUCUCCGGUUGGCCACUCAGUCCUCCUCACAUUUGAUUUGUUCAGCUAGUCUGGGAAUGAGGGAGGCUGCUGGACCCCUCAGCCAAUGCCCACAGGGACUUCCUGCCAGGUGCUGCCACUCCAAGACCUCUCCUUGCUCAGCCUCUGCCAC